UCAUUCGCGGCCCUUCCAUUUCCGGGUCAGGUGACACGUAGCGUCGGCGCUUCGCGUGUGCGUGUGUCUGUGGAGUAAUGAAGAAAGCUGCGAAUUCGUCGUCUGUCACCGUGGUUCGAGUGUCUGCGGCCGUCGGCCUCCCUCCGUUCCAUCCCGCAUCGUCUGCGGCCGCGUUAGAAUGAGUCCGUCGAGGCCGCGCGCUCCGUGCUGGGCCUCGUAUGCAGGCUAGGCUAACACCGCGAGCUAACACCCGCAGCGCUAACUACUUGUUUGUUUACACCCCCCCCCCAAGAUGUAUACUUUACUAUCUGGAUUAUACAAGUACAUGUUCCAAAAGGACGAGUACUGCGUGUUGAUCCUGGGACUGGACAACGCCGGGAAGACGACCUUUCUGGAACAGACCAAGACGAAGUUCAGCAAGAACUACAAGGGGAUGAAUUUAUCAAAGAUCACGACGACGGUCGGCCUGAACAUUGGUACAAUCAACGUGGGCAACGCACGUCUGAUGUUCUGGGAUCUGGGAGGUCAGGAUGAGCUCCAGUCUCUGUGGGACAAGUACUACGCUGAGUCCCAUGGAGUCAUCUAUGUGAUCGAUUCAACUGAUGAGGAGCGCCUGUCGGAAUCAAAGGAGGCCUUCGAAAAAAUGAUCAGCAGUGAGACGUUGGAAGGUGUUCCUCUGCUCGUGCUGGCCAACAAGCAGGAUGUUCCGAACUGUAUGUCAGUACCGGACAUUAAAACAGCCUUCAGUGACUGUGCCUCCAAGAUCGGCAAGAGAGACUGUUUAGUACAGCCUUGUACGGCCCUCACAGGGGAUGGAGUAAAUGAAGGCAUUGAGUGGAUGGUGAAAUGUGUGGUCAGGAACAUCCACAGACCGCCCAGACAGAAGGACAUCACAUAGGAAAUCAUCCAAACUCUUUGCUCCUCAUUUUGAUCUGAGGGGUUUCUCCUUGAAGACAUUCCAUGUUGAACCCUGGAGCUGAUGAAAUCUCCACUCUCCUCGUCUCUGAAUAUUCUGGAUUUCUGCUCUUAGGGCCUGGCAGUAUUCUUAUGACUAAGCAUAAUUUCCGAUGUGCUUUGAACAGACGUCUCUUUUCCACUUGUUCCCAUGCUCAAUAGGGUGAUUCUCUGUUCUCCCUCUAUCAAGUUAACAUUUGAAACUGCAUUUGUUAAGAUUUAACUGAAAUUUUUGUGUAUUGAAAUGUGAACUAAUAAAGACACUGCAGCAAUUGUGCAUAGAA